AUGAAACCUGUAUCAUUUUUUGAUGACGAAACAGCCAAGAACCUAAAGAAAAUUUGGGUUAAGCCUAACAAAGGGUAAGAAACUAUUGACAAAAUAAAAAAUACGUAGCUUAAGAGUACAUGGAUGAAGAAAACUAAGAAGAGCGGCAAGACAAAAUAGCGUGUCUUUCUUAUAGACGAUGACUCUCUUUAUAUGUGCAAGUCAGAAAAAACUGAUAAAAUUUCAGGAGUCCUUGAACUAUGCUGUGUUAAAUUAGAUUUGCUAGUGAGUGUUGAACCUAAACCAAUAGAAGCUAGCUGCUCAGAACCUCUCUUCGGAUUUAGGAUGUGCAGAAAUGGAAAGACUCUGGAGAUUUAUACUAAAGAUUAAAAUCUUUAUAAAAAGUGGAAAAAUAUUUUGAUUUAUAAAGCGAUACAGUCAACUUUCCAUGAAGAGUUUAUUGUUACUAAGAUGAUAGGAAAGGGUUCUUUCGCUAAAGUAUAUCUUGCCACAAAAAAGGAAAAUGGCCAAUAAUAUGCAAUUAAAGCAUUCAAUAAGGAGUUUAUGGCUGGUUAACAUAAGGGUAAGGAGUCUCUCGUAAAUGAAAUAGGAAUAAUGAGAAAUCUCCACAGUGAAUUUUUGAUUAAUUUGUAUGAAGUAUAUGAGACUACUAACUCUAUUUACUUUGUUGUUGAUCUAUUAAAUGGAGGUGAACUGCUUCACCGUGUUCGCGACAAAGGAACAAUUAAUGAGUAGGAUCUUCGUAAUCUAAUGCGCAACCUCCUUUCUGCACUCUAUCAUUUGCAUCAGAAAGGAAUUAUGCACAGAGAUCUAAAGCCAGAAAACCUUCUUCUUAAAUCUAAGAGUAACGACCACGACAUAGUAGUUGCUGAUUUUGGUUUAGCUACUUUCACUGAUAUUAAAGACAUUCUCUUUAAACGUUGCGGAACUCCUGGUUUUGUGGCUCCUGAAGUUUUAUUAUAUAAGGAAGGAGAUCCUUUUUAUGAUGUUAAAUGUGAUAUUUUUUCUGCAGGAAUUAUAUUUUAUCUACUGCUAGUAGGAAAAUAGCCAUUCUAAGGAAAAGAUUACAAAUAAAUUUUGCGUGCAAACAAAGCCUGUGAAAUACGCUAUGACACUCCUGAAUUCGAUAGCAUCUCAGCAUAAGCUAAAGAUUUAUUGAAGAAAAUGCUUGAACCAAAACCUACUAAUCGUAUUUCUGCUUCUGAAUGCCUUAACCAUCCUUUUAUAAAUGGUGGAGAAGUUGUAAACAACGAUCUUCCUGCUACUUAAAAUCUACGUAACUAUGAAGUAGAUUAUUUGGCUAACGUCCGUAACAAAAACGGGUCUUAAGAUUCAUAAGAUAUGUUAGGAUCUCUCUAACUUCAUUCAAAUACUCCUGCUAUGAAUGGAAGAACUGAUACUGUAGGUAGCUUAAGCACCUGUUCUAACUCAAACAUUCCCCCACGUCCAGAUAAAGGUGUUAUACCUCUCUCUUCAAAAUUCUCUAAGCCAAGAUCAGAGAGUAUCGAUUUAAAAAAUAAUCCUGUUUCAGCUGAUAAUUCUCCAAAGAGUGCUCAUAAAAAAUCAGAGUCUAAAAAUUUACAUAAACUUGCUAUAAAAAAUAACAUGUAUCGUGGGUAUUAAGAAGAGCGCAAAGAUUAAGAGUAUUAUGAAGACUCUGAUGAUGUCUCUGAAGAAAACUCUCCACUUUCGGACUCAUUAAAUAAAAUGAAUUUUGAAAAAUAGAUGAAACACACUCCUUCAAAAUGCGAAGAGCUUGGAGGAUAAAGUAGCCCUACCUCUUACAUGACUCAAUCUCUAGGAGGAAGUCCAACUGGAGGUAAUUUGAGUAACUCUUCUAAAUUCCGUAAGAAAUGA